CCUGAGAACACUGACUUCACAGGCUCUACACAACAAGGCUCAAUAUGGAUUCUUUUCAUGCAUUUUCUCUUUAAUAAUAGAAUAAAUGAAAUUCUCUUUAUUUACUCAGCAUGGCAUACAUACUAAAGACACUCAACAGCUGGUUCUGGUGGGAGAACAUCUGGAUGCCCAUCAACUGCACAUGGGCAGAUUUUGUGGACCGUGAUGGACUUGUCUUUCCCAAACCACAUCAGUUGUAUGUCACAAUCCCAUAUGCUUUUGUGUUGCUCAUCAUCAGAUUCUUCAGUGAAAGAUAUGUUGCUAUACCUCUAGCAAAAGCCUUGGGUAUAAAGAAUGUAAGACGUGUGAAGCCACAGCCUAAUCCCGUGUUAGAGAGUUAUUUCCGGGAGUGCUCAAGACAUCCAUCCCAAUCAGAUAUCAAAGGCCUUGCCAAAAAGUGCAACUGCACCGUCCACUUGGUGGAGAAAUGGUUCAGGAGACGGAGGAACCUUGAGAUCCCAACAGUGCUCCAGAAAUUCAAGGAAGCUUUCUGGCGAUUUUCAUUCUAUCUGACAUCCUCCAUUGUUGGAUUUAUAUUUCUGUAUGAUAAACCCUGGUUUUACGACAUAUGGCAGACGUGGGUUGGUUAUCCAUUUCAGGUGAGCUUUUUGGCAUCGGGCCAGUGGCCUCCAGGUAUUUCCCCAAUGGAAGGGGUAAUCCACAGCAGCCUUCCCUCCACACGGGCACCACCUAAAGAGACCCUGCUGCCAUCCCAGUACUGGUAUUACAUGGCCGAGAUCGGGUUUUACUGGUCUCUCAUAUUUACCCUUGGGAUUGAUAUCAAACGAAAGGAUUUUACGGCUCACGUCGUUCAUCACCUGGCAGCCAUCGGGUUGAUGAGCGGCUCUUGGUGUGGCAAUUACGUGCGGCUUGGAACUCUGGUGAUCUUCGUGCACGACACUGCAGAUUUCUGGCUCGAGGCAGCCAAAAUGUUUAAUUAUGCUCGCUGGGAGAAAACCUGCAACAUGCUGUUUAUCAUCUUUUCUAUUGCAUUCUUCAUCACCAGGAUGAUCCUGUUGCCCUUCUGGAUUCUUCGUGCCACACUCUAUCAGCCUACCUACUACUCCACAACUCCUGUCAUAGCAUAUUUUUUAUUCAAUGGGAUGCUAUUAAUCCUCCAAGGCCUGCAUUUAUAUUGGGGUUACUUAAUUUUCAAGAUUUUGAAAAGGUUCGUUUUCUUAAAGGACUUGAAAGAUGAUCGGAGUGAUGAAGAGGAGGAAGAUUCUGUUACAGACACUGAAGAGGAGUCCACAAAGAGUGGCAACAAGAACGGCAGUGGGUCAGGCAAACACCUCCUAAGCAGCAGUCACCACUAG